GGAGCGGGUGGCCAAGAGGCCGGAAGUGCGAUUGCGUAGCCGGAAGAGGAAUUGUUCUUCGGCCGUAGUGUUGAUGUUUUCAAGCUGCUGCCGCUGCUUCUGUUGCUGAGGGGGAAACUGUGGGCGGAAGGAUGGUGUGCGAAAAAUGUGAAAAGAAACUUGGUACUGUCAUCACUCCUGAUACAUGGAAGGAUGGUGCAAGGAAUACCACAGAAAGUGGUGGAAGAAAACUGAAUGAAAAUAAAGCUUUGACUUCAAAGAAAGCAAGAUUUGAUCCAUAUGGAAAGAACAAAUUCUCCACUUGCAGAAUUUGUAAGAGUUCUGUACACCAACCAGGUUCUCAUUAUUGCCAGGGCUGUGCCUACAAAAAGGGCAUCUGUGCAAUGUGUGGCAAAAAGGUUUUGGAUACCAAAAACUACAAGCAAACCUCUGUCUAGAUGUGUUAAUGAAGUUUCUGGCUGUCUGAUUUUACUUUCUGCUUUGGCUUUUCAAGGCAUGAUAUAGAUGUUCAUCUUAAGAAGUAAUGUAUUUCAAGAUAAAUGGCUAAGUUUAAACCAGGGAAGUUUAUCAAUAGUUACUGUUAUGUUUUGAGGAAGUUCUGAAAGCAACAAUGUAACUAGACUUACUCUGUCUUAAGACAGAUAUUAAGUGGUUAUUUUCCUUAUGAAUGUUUUAUUGAACUAGAAUAAGUGACAAAUUGAAUGAAAAAUACUUCUGCAUUCUGAGUGCACUUUUUAUUUAACAUUUAUAUAAUUUGUAUCCCCUAUGUCUAUUUUAUUUAUGGAUAUUGCAAGGUGAGGUGGAGAUUAUUGAUGUUUUAUUCUGAACUUGGCAUUUAGACAAAAUUCUUCUCUAACUCUCUUAGUUCUUAGAAUCAACAGUCUUAAUCAUAAUUUCACUGGAUACUUAAAUAUUGAAAGCCAUUACUGCAAAAUAAUUCUUCAGUAAUUACUCUGGACACCGAUCAAAGACUAGUUGAAUUUCUGAUUGCUUUUCGUUUGUUCUUGAAGCCAAACUGCCAGUUCCUUUCAUGCAUUAAUAAGAACAUAAAGAACACUGAUUUGGCCAAUGAAUGUACUAGAUUUCAGUAAGACAUAUGCCUGUUACCUUUAAUUCAAAUUGUUAUGAAAACCAGAGAAAAGUGUCCAUCCAUGUUCAUGUGUAAUGAAAAUGAAUCCUCUCUCUGGGAAAACUCCUUAAAGCAGAAAGCUCUUUUUUUUUUCUUUUUAACCAUUUCUUGCCCACACUCCCCUAACCCCAAUAAAUAAAUAAACCAUCUUGACUUUUCUCAAAAUAAUAUAUACUGUUAGAAGACUGAGGUUUCAAAUGAAGAUUGUUCUCAUUCUGGCUUUAGUGGUUCAAGGCUGUUGCUUUUAAAACUUUUAAAACUUGCAGCCUAGGUAGGUGACAAUGGCUCACACCUGUAAUCCUAGCUACUUGGGAGGCUGACAUUGGGUGAUUACAUUUCCAGGCCUUCCUAAUGAAACACAUGAGGCCCCUUUUCAACUAACAAGUGGGCUUAAGGCAUACACUUGUGAUUCCAACUACAACAGGAAAUGUAAAAAUAGGCAGAUCAUGGUCGAUGUAUGAGCAAAUAAUAAAGACCCUAUCCCAAAAUACCCAGUGCAAAAAAGGGAUGGGGGAGGGCUGGAGUCAUGGCUUAGAGGUAGAGUACCUGCCUACCAAGGCCCUGAGUUCAAACUCCGGUGUCACCCCCUCAAAAAAAAAAAAAUAGCUUGUUACAGAAGAGCAAAAAGAAAUUCCCUAUUUCCAACUGCAGAAUGUAUACCACAGUAUAACAUGUGGGCUACUUUACUGAUAAUAAACAUUGCAUUUUUAUUUUCUUUAA